AUGGCGCAACCGCCAGCAGUCGUGAUUAUUGCUCGGCAUGGCAUGCGACUCGACGCCGCAAACCAGUCCUGGCAUCUGUCCACGCCUACCCCUUACGAUCCUCCCUUAACGUACGGCGGCUGGAACCAAUGUCGAGCCCUCGGAGUGCGCAUCGCGAGUAUCCUACACGCCCGAGAACAGUCGAUCAACAACCUCCCAGCAGAGAGCAACGAGAAUGGCAUGCCAAAGAGACGGAAGAAGAAACACAAGGUCGUCAUACACACCUCGCCUUUCCUGCGAUGUCUGCAGACCAGCGUUGCCAUAUCUGCCGGCAUGGCACAGUACGAGGCCCCCAAGGCCAGACCUUCCAGCGCGAGGACAAGGACCGCGGCGACAAUGCACUCGGCCUCGCCUAGAAUGCGCGGCUUGGACAGCGAGCGGUCGCCGCACCUUGCGCCCAUUGCUGAGCCAAAGAACGACUUCGCACACGAGAUGGCCAGGAAAGCGUUGUAUGAUCAGAAGCGGUAUCGGAAGUCGAAGCUGAGGGUUGAUGCCUUCCUGGGCGAGUGGCUAAACCCUGGAUAUUUCGAUCAGAUUACGCCUCCUCCGCCGAGUCCGAUGAUGAUCGCAGGUGCGAAGGCUGAGCUACUUGCCAGCGAUCCUGUCGAUAUGUAUACGCCGACUCUUUCGCACAAGUCAUCGAACAACAGCCUGUGGGGAGGAGGUGGUAGCCGAGCAGCGAGCAAAGAGAGUACACUGGACGAUUGGAGCCAUGUCACGGAUGCGCUCCCCGCGCCGACUCCAAGGAGAGAACGAUCGAACAGUGCGAGCAGCGUGGGGAGUAAUGAGAGUUCGGGUCGCAAAUCGCCUUUCCGAGCUGGACAUGCUCUCCAGCCUUUGACCUCGACAUUGCCAAAAGCAGAGCCUGCCAUUUACCACCCUCCUACGCCUUCGUACGCCAUCUCGAGUUCCGACUACAUUCCCCGAGGAUACGUAGCACAUGCAAGAAACGCGACCGUGAACGUCGAUUACUCUUGGGACAGCAGCCGCUCUCCUCAGGACUGGGGCAAUGGUGGAUCGUUUGGCGAAGAGUGGUCCGCGAUGCAUAAGAGGUUCCGAAGAGGUUUGAAUCAUCUCAUUCAAUGGUACAGCCAGCACAACGCCGAUGAUCGAGGAGAAGAUGCGCUGGGCUUCGAGCAAGCGGACAAACACCACCAUGGGGAGGAGGAUGAAGAGGAGGAGUUGGUUGUCAUCUUGGUGACCCAUGGCGCCGGUAGUAACGCUCUCAUUGGUGCCUUGACCAACCAGCCUGUCCUUCUGGAUGUUGGUAUGGCAAGCUUGACGAUGGCCGUGAGGAGAGACGAUGCACCGGCUUUGCUCUCGCCUCCGGACUCGAAUGCUGCUACUCCGAGUCCAGCCGGUACCCCAAGACAGUCUCCCGACCCAGCAGCGAUGAUGAACGGGCACCGUAGACGCAGCAGUUUGGAUAUCGGGCUGAGCGCAGUGUACGAUAUGAAGCUCGUGUCUUCAUCUGAACAUCUACGACCUGGAGCGGACCCCACAAAGGCACCUGCAUCGUCCAUUCCAUCUAACCUCAGGAAUGCCCAAGAGGCUCUGGGAAGGUACAAACAGUUCGGCUCGACUGCCCAUGCUGCAGCAGGAUCUGGGAUCGAAUCGAAUUGGAACCUUGGCGAGCCUAGGAGAAGCAACACAUCAACGGCGAUUGGAUCCAUCAGGCGGCCAAGUGCUUCGAAUGUACCUCAGCGGCCCUCGUCAGCGCACAACCCCAAGAUCAACCCUCGCCCUCCGCCACCAGACCGAAUUUCGACUCCUCCGACGUUCACAGCUGGUCUCUGGACGCCGCCUUCUGGUCGCGGUACUCCAAAGUUGACUGCUCAGAAGGUCGCAGACGACAAGCACACUCUCUUCACCAAGCUGAACGAGGCGAGUGGCGGGCAGAGUCCUGGCAAGGACAUGACUCUGAACUUCGCCCAAUCGCCCCCAGACUCUCGACCAAACUCCAGCAACGGCAUCAAGCCAUCGGACCUCCUCAAUCCCGUCGACGGCACCGUCGACCGAAGACCCUCGCCCAAACAACAAGACAGCGUCAUCACAGAAUCCGACGACGACCUCGGCGACCUCCCCUCCGUCUCCGACAAACUCCCCACCUCCCUCAGCCGCGGCCUCAGCCAGAAAGGCCUCUGGGGCUCUCGACCCUCCGGCGACAAAGUGCCCCGCAAAUUCGCCAAGGAGAUGCCGAAGCGACGCUGGACGACGCAUGAGAACGAUUGA